GAGCGCUUAUAAACCUCAGCUCCGCUGCUCGCCCGCACUGCACCCCAUCUGCGCGACUCGCCCCGGACCCUGGACUGAGAUCUAGAGAGGAAGGGGUUUCUGGAAAUGAAUACCCUUCCCUGCACCUGCACUGAGCAGGUCAGCCCCCAGAGGACAUCAGCUAUAGUCCGCAGGAUCCCAAUGGCAGCAAAGCCACUGACUGAGGUGGAGACAGCCAUUGACACAUUAGCCACUGCCUUCUGCACCUUUGCAAAGCGCGAGGGCCAGAAGGGCAGCUUCAACACCGAUGACUUUAAAGAAAUGGCCACUCAGCAGUUCCCUCACCUGGUCAAGGAUGUGGGCUCCUUCGAUGAGAAGUUGAAGAGCUUGAAUGUGAAAGGGGACCUGUUCAAAAAUUACUGGAGUCUGAUUGGGGAGCUGGCCAAGGAGACCAGAAAGGAGGAGCCGCAGAAGAAGUUCGGUUGCCUGGGAUAAGAUGGGCAGGACCAGGCAGAACUCCACUCCCUGAAAAUAAAGCCUUCUCCUUAACACA